AUGGAAAACAAGCCUCAUCCAUCUUACCGGGCUGCGAAGUUAUUGAGGGAUCCUCUCUUGGAUCCAUCUUGCAAAACUCCUCUCUAUAGAAUAGAUGGUGUAGUGCAGGGGGCCUCUCAUCCAAGUCACAUAGAUGUUGUUGAUCCUCGAUUGGCUCCUCAACUACGUGCAUUUUGUAAAAUUCCUGGGUUGGACUUUGAGGUUCCAAACUUUAAGUAUGAUAUUUAUUAUAUCGGGAAAUAUCCAGAUAAAGAAGUCACAUUUUCCAACCUUAAUGAUAAUAUAACGACGAAAAAUUUGAAUCAAAUGUGUCAACAAUUCGGUGCUAUCGAGGAGGUCAAAGUUUAUUUUCAUCCUCAGACCCAAAAGCACAUGGGGAUAGGCAAGGUCGUUUUUCGUCUCGCUAAAAGUGCCCAACUCUGCGUGGAGAAGUUGAACAAAACCUCCAAAAUGGGCAACAUAAUGACAGUCGAAUUGGAUAAAUUUGGUGAAAAAAGACAUUCACUUUUAUUCAAUCUUUUUAAUCAGUUAUCUCAAACCGCUCAAAUAAAGCCGCAUAGAAAUGACGUAGUAACUUCUUCCAGUAGACCCGAGGAUCCUCCCAAACAUUCCAUUCCUCCACAACUGUUGCCUAAUCCCUUGGAGAUUAAAUCUUCGUCAUAUCGCGGUGAUUCUCCAAAAGAUCGCUCCUAUCGUUCUACUCUCCCUUCUUUGAAUCACCUUCCACCACUAUCAUCUUCACUCAAUGGGAUCGCACUAUCAAAUGAAGACCCACUUGAUGUCCGAAUACGAAAAUUGCUUCUCUCAUCCUCUACCUCCUCGGAGUCUCCUAGUCAGUUUAAAAAAUCACCACUUCUUCCCAUAAUUAAACCGAAUCCCACACCCCUUCUUCGGAGCCCUUCUCUGCUUCCAGUACCAACACCCACACAUUCGUCCAACAGAGUGAUCUCAAUUCAAGAUUCCCAGUCCCCAAAUGUCAGCGCCUCCUCUUCAACGCGUAGAACUCUUCUUCCUCUGCCACCAGUUGAAGAGGAGGCUAAAUCAGAAAAGAAGACGCUAUCUCCUCUUCCGUCUGUGAAACUCCCUCUCCUUUCACAAGUUCUCCCUGCUGUGAAUUACUCCCACGUUACCCAGUUAGCGGUGGAGACCUCUUUUCAGUUUGUAACGGAGCUGCGGAAUAUCAUUAGGAUGGAUCUAGAGCGCAGACUCAUUGAGGGCUGCGCUUUUCGUGUCUUUGAUGAUUGGUGGGAAGCUCAAAAGAGAUUGGAACACAGAAGGAAUAUUUUAUCGAGGGGCAAUCUAACUAGGCCUCUUGGAGACUUCAACGCUCAAUCUUCGUCACCCUCUUCAAAUGCUCAAAUUAUUAAUCGGUCAACCAAAAUCGACCCAAGCGGUGAUAUCUCUUUCCUUUUUCAAGGUCUUCGAUCCACCUUGCCAAAAAUAAAACGAAAGCCUAAACCACCUCCAUCACCUCAGCAGCGAGAGGGAGUACAAGGAAAAAGGGCAGUUUUCUCUUCGGCUUCUACGCCAUCUUCUCUUUCGCGAUCUACAUCUAGGUCUCUGUCUCCCCAUUCCAAAAGACGUCAUUCCAAAAAUAGAAAGUCCAGAGGUGAUAUUAAUAGGAGAGAAGGCAAGAGUAGGCGGGACCACCGAAUUCAUCACAGAAGACUAUCUUCCACAUCAUCUUCACUUUCUCUUAGACGUGCUCGUUCUCCUCACUCAGAUUCCACUGAACCCACUACUUUCGCAUCUCUAUCUUCACCGAGGAAGCAGACCAAGCCUUAUCGGAAAGUUUCAACGAAACAACGCGCGAGUUCUCUUAGUAAUUCAGACAUUGAACCUCCUCGCAGUCGCAGAGUGGUAAAAAGGGGAUUAAGCACUUCCAGUUCCACCAGCAGUCAGUCAAAGUCUUCUGCAAUGUGUAUUAGUCCCUUACCUUUGGUAAAUCAGAAAUCGGUUUCUGCAAAACUUACACUGCAGAAAAAAACCGUUUUCUCUGAUAGUUCGUCGGAUUCGGAAAAUUCCCAAAAAGAUGGGGAUGAAAGGUGCUUGAAUGCAUUCCCUACGUUGGUGCAGUCCGCUGUCAAGGAACGUCAUUCAAAUAAGUCGCCUUCCUCCUCACCGCUUGAAUCCAACCCCAGUGAGCUUUCGCACUCGCCACCUGUUAGAAGGCCUGAACCUAUAAUUAAGCCCUCCAUUGCCGAGUCCUCUGAUCUUAAUUCUGAUGAGUCCGAUGAAGAAAACAUCGCAUUAGCAAUUCGACUUAAGAGACGGGAGGAGGAGCUUCACAGAAAAGGAAUGGCUACUGCUAAAGGUAGUAGGCGUAGGACUACCACUGUAAACGAGCUUAUCAAUGGAACUCCCCAACCCUCCAGCUUGCCAAAUGGAUUACUGGCACGAUCGCGUCAGAAUCAGAAAUUACGGCUUCGUGAAAGUGAGAUUGAUGCUCUGUCGGAUAUCAGCAACGGGGAGAGUGAUUCUCGUCAAUCCUCCUUUGUAGCAUCCAAGACAUCGUCGAGACAUCGCAUCCAGUCUCUCUUUCCGGACGAUGACUACGAAUCUCAACAGUCAAGUCAGCGACUCGAAUCCCGCUUUUCUUAUCAGGAGGAAUCUGCUUCCUCGAGAGGCGCUUCAGAUGUUGAGGAGUCUUUGGAUGAGGAAUGUUCACUUGAAGGGUUGCCUCGGUCAUCACAUCAGAAACCCACUGAGAUUGAUGUGGAGUGUAAACGACGGCAACGAGAAGCACUUAGCCACCCGGAUUUGGAAGGCGACUCCUGUGACUCCAUUGAUGUCGUUGAGACUGUUGAGCGUACCUAUCAGUGGCCUGGUGACUUGAUGCAAGAACAUAACUACUUCCAUCUUCCAGACUGUGGAUUAAGGAUCCGCUAUCGUGUCUCGAAACGUGAAGCCCGUAGACGUAUUUCUUCAGAGACUAAUUUCACCCUUGCUUCAAUCGCAACUAGUGGGGAGGAAGAAAAUAAAGCUACAUCACAUAUUGCACGUAACAUGUCGCCGAAACCGCUCCUCACGUGCUCUGCUUCAGUUCAGUCCAUUCGACAAGAACAGGAACUCCGAACAGUGGGAAGUAGCAAUAGUGUUCCCCCAACUUCUGGUGCUGUGCGUCCAAGUGGACAGGAGAAUAAGAAACAGCCGCUCAAACGCUCUGGUGUGGGAUCCAGAGAGUUGGCUAAUCUUUUGACCCCUGUGGAAGUGUCUAAGCCUCCUCGGUCUGCUCCUUCAUUCGAAGAGCGACAGUCAGAUAUCAAAUUCGCUCCUCGUUCUAAAGAAGAGGAGGAAAUGAUACUAAGCUCUUUUCUUGAAGUUGGCAUCGAUUCUGAGGAUGUUGGCAUGUUCCACGAGCUCUACAAUCUAAUACGUGAUGAUCGAGGCUCUAAACUUUUGGCCUCAGUGGUUGAAUCAUCCCACGUCUGUUAUCCACAUAAACUCCUCAAUAUGAUAAGCAAAACUGCGUGGGUUGAUCAUCCACCCUCCUUUGUGCCGGAUCCUCCUGAUGUGAAAGGGUUCAUUGAUGCUCAGGGUCGACUCCACACUGAUGCCUCUACUGCGGUGGGCAACAAGGAAAACUCACGUAAACGUCGUCGUCCAGCUCGAAAUUGUCGGGCGAAGCGAUCGAGACUUGAUCUGCUAAUUUCAGAGUCGGCGUACACUUCAUCAAUCUCGGAGGAGGAUUCUAUUCCUGAGUCGCCUAGUGUAUUCGGGGAUUCUGUAGAAUGCUUUAGUUCGACCAUGUUAUUGCAACGUCGACGACUGAUUGAGCAGAUGGCUUCUGUGGCCCACUGUAGGGCUACUUUGGUUGGUGAGGGUCAUUUUAAUCAAAUUCGAAGAAAACGAAGGUCGAUAUCUGAUGAUGCGACUAUGCAUCUUGGUCCUGCUGCUGAAAGUCCACCAGUUCAUUCCACUGGCAAGUUUCUUUAUUUUGUGGAUUUUUUUCAAAGAUGUUGUGCCAGAACUCAGGGUUACUACCGUCUGGAUCAGAGCCAACGGUUUCGCCGUUCCUGGUGUGUGGGUCAGAGCAGAAUGGCUGAGGAUGGGAGACAACGAGUUCCUCUACCCCUCACUCCAGCUACAGUUCCUCUGAAUAUCAUCAACGCUGCUCAAGAUAGUCUUGCUGGUGAACUCACUGAACAAGGUUCUAAAGCCAAACGAAAUAAGGUCACUCAAGCUCGUGAGGUUCGUUCUGUUCAACGGCGUCUCCUCGCCGAGUUCCAGGAUAUUGAAACUGGUGAUUUGCUCAAGUUCAACCAUCUUGAAUUUCGAAGAAAGGAACUUACUUUUGCAAAGUCUCCUAUUCAUCAGUGGGGUUUGUUUGCUCUGGAGCCCAUUUCAGCUGAUGAGAUGGUGAUCGAGUAUGUUGGGCACGUUGUUCGAAGAUGCGUCUCCGAGUUGCGCGAAAAGCAGUAUAUGCAAAGAGGCAUUGGCUCAUCCUAUCUCUUCAAAAUCGACGACAACCUUGUAAUUGAUGCAACUAUGUAUGGAAAUAACGCUCGUUUCAUCAAUCACAGUUGUCAGCCGAACUGUUUUGCCAAGGUAAUAACAGUGGAGGGUCAAAAGAAGAUAGUGAUUUAUGCCAAACGGGAUAUUCAAGUGCUGGAGGAGAUCACCUAUGACUACAAGUUCCCCUAUGAGGACGUCAAAGUUCCCUGUCAAUGUGGCGCACCGCAGUGUCGCAAAUUUCUUAAUUAG